AGACAGCUUGUGUACAAUAAACUAUGUCGUCGGAUACUUCAACCGCAAAUGUUAAUCAUAAACAAGUAAAGUAGAGAUUCAUAAACAACAAAAUCUUAUCAUCUUUACUUUCAUGGACAAGUAUGGAUAACGUUACCAGCCAAAUUGCCGAGCAAAUUAGACUGGAGCAAUGGAACAAUGAGAUGUCGGUAGCGUUUCUCCCAAACACCAUAUUUCUGGUUUUUAGUUGCAUCAUUGGUGUCUUUGGGAACUCGUGCGUACUUUAUGUUUAUGGCGGCCGGCUUCGUAGGAAAUACGAAGGGCGCUUCUUCGUCCCUUAUUUAGCAGCAGCCGAUUUAAUAGUGAUGGUUGUAGCUGUGGGGUUGAACAUCUCGAUAAAUGUAAAUCCCGUCAACUACAAGAACAGUGUCGUGUGUACAGGAGGAAGUUUUCUUGUGGGACUUAUGUCUGUUUGGUCCAUUUGCAUUUUAAUACUCAUUGCCUUUCAACGCUACCAAAAGAUAUGCAAACCAAUGACAAAUCAUAUGACAAGAUUCCAGAUGAAAUUGACCUUGGUUUUCUCUUUUAUCAUUUCUCUCCUUCUGAACGUAAUUUUCAUUUUUACAGUUGGAUUGAGAGAUGUGAAAUUGAAGAAUCUGAAUGUAACGGGGAAAACAUGUGAACGUCUAUCCGAGGAGAGUCCGGUCUUGUCAAUCGUUCAUAGUGUUAUUCUGUCGGUCUUCGCUGUUCUCAGUUGUACUGUACUAAUUGUUUUAUACGGACUCAUCGGAAAAGCCAUUUACCGGCAUAAGAAGAUUCAAAAGAAUUCCUUGGAAAUCAGAAGUAGCAGGAAGUCAAAGAUCACAAGAAUGUCGAAGACAACACUGAUGUUUAUGAUUAUAACAAUUAUUUUUAUUAUAUCGUAUAUACCCACGGGAAUCAAGAUGAUCGUGGAAAGCAUUCCAGACUUUUCUACUGUUUCUCUACUCUGGAGAUUCCUCACCACGUUUUUUGUCGUUAAUCAUUUUGCCAAUCCCAUUGUAUAUGCCUUUAUGGAUGUGAUAUUUUCUAGAGAGUUGAAGAGAAUAUUUCGUUGUGGAAAAGAAAUAUUACCAGGAGAUUCUGACUACAGUGAGCGGAACGAACAAGAUACUACAACAUAAUAUUUAUGAUUGCUUUCAGAACAAUUUGAUCAAAGAUAUCAGUCACCAAGAAAACAAUUACAUGCUGUAUUAUUUAGAUUAUCAUCUGUUGGAGUAUAAUGAAUGUUUACAAUUUAUUAGUUUGUUUUCAAAGUAAAAAAUAAAAUGAAAAGAUCACAGGAAAAUUUGAAGAACAUUUUGAAAAUUUAUGUAUGUAUGGCUUUUCGUU